AUGGAGAUCGGAAAAAGUAGUCGAAAAUCUCUCCAUCUUCCUGAAGAAACCAUUGAAGAAAUACUAUCCAGACUUGCGGUAAAUUCACUUUUGAAGUUCAGGUGCGUUUCGAAAUCAUGGGGCUCUUUAAUUGAUAGCGAACGUUUCAUCAAAACCCAUCAUCAAAAUUCAAUUAAAAACCCAUCUUUCCCCCAACAAAGGCUCAUUUUAAAGAACUAUUUGUUUGAUGAGUUUGAUGAUUGGCCUGUGCAAUCUUCUCUGCCGUCGGUUUUGAGUGAACCACCAAAUACUAUCUCUUUAUCUCCUUUAGCUGUUCCAACAAAUACGACAUUGAUGCGAUUUGAGAUUUUGGGGUGCUAUAAUGGGCUGCUCUGUAUUCUCGAGCAACCAAGUGGAAUUUACUCGUGGAAUCCAUCCAUUGGAAUCUCCAGGAAUCUGCCAGAGCAACCAUGUAGAAUUCACUUGUGGAAUCCAUCCACUGGAAUCUCCAAGAAACUGCCUGAAAUUUCUAAUGUCGGGUAUGUUAGUGAUUUUGGAUUCGGUUGGGUUGAAUCAAGUAGUGAGUACAAGGUGUUUGUGAAUGUGGCUAAUCUUGAAUAUUACCUGUGGAAGUGGGUUGGUAAAGUUUAUAGUUCAAAGACAAAAUCAUGGAAAACAAUAGAGCACUGCGAGGAAUAUUUAUGUACAUAUCGUUGCAAAGAGGGGGUGUUUGCAGGUGGGAAGCUUUACUGGACGAAUUAUAAUGGACAUAAAGAAGAUAUUAUUUUCUUGGACUUGAAGAGUGAGGUGUUUGGAAGGAUUGAGCUUCCCUUUGAUGAAGAAUAUCGCGCUAUAAAGUUAUUGGGUGUGCUUGGUGGUUGCCUUUGCGCGCUACAUUGGGAUAUUUAUUAUUUUAAAACAAUCGUUCAAGUUUGGGUUAUGAAGAAGUCUUGGGAGAGAGUGGUGAAUGUUCAUCAUCUUGUUGAGCUACUUCAACCGGCACCUUUCGUGGUGGGUCUAAAGGGAGAGAUUUUGGUAAAUUGUGGAUCCACUUUGUUGGUUUUUGAUCGUCAGGAUAAUGUGUUCCGCUGUCCCAAGGUUUGUUGCGAUUACCGUUCAACUCAUGUCUAUGUUGAAAGUUUAGUCUCGCCAGAAGAUUUAUGA